UAAUUUGUGAAUGAUUAUUACUAUAAUAAUAAUAAUAAUAAUUUUCUAUUAUUACGAUUUGUUAAUACAUUGUUGAAUGAUUGUCAGUGUUAUAAUAAUAAGAACUGACUAUUAUUAUGAAUUAUUAUGUUCUCGAAUGAUUAUCAGUAUUAUACUAAUAAUAAAUUAGUAUUAUUAUUGGUGAUUAUUACAUUCUUAACUGAUGAUCAGUUAUUAUAUUAAUAAUUAUUACAGGGAAGGGAAAGGUGAGGGCGAUAGGGUUUGAGAGGGGAAAAAGGGGGGCUUCUGAGGCAUUGGAGGGGUUGUCAUUUGUGGGUGAGAACAACAACAACAAUAACAACAACAGAAAAGGGGGAAGCUCAGCCUGGGCCAACUGGGGCCUUCCCUUGACUUGUUUUGGGCGCCAACUUCCACCCUUCCUGGCCUGAGGCUCUUUCCUUUUCCCCAUCAGCCGUUUAACCGGGUGAGGGGGAAAAGGAAGGGCCCUGAGGCCGGGAAGGGCGGGGGUUGGCGCCCCAAACAACUCGAAGGGAGGUCCAGGCCUGCUCGAGGGCAGUGCCCUCCUCUUCCCCCCUCACCUUGAAGAGCUUGAAGACCUCCGAGAAGAACCGAGAAGGGAGGAGGAGGAGGAGAGAGGCCCCCAGAGAAGAGCUGAUGUAUGUGCAGUGUUCUUUAACUGGAACCAAUACCCGGCAACAUGGCUAUUUGGCCACGGUGGACGUGGAUCCGGAAUCGCCGUGUUAUUGCCAGGUCAUCCACCGCUUGCACUUGCCUUACUUGGAUGACGAACUCCAUCGCUCGGGCUGGAAUGCCUCCAGCAGAACCUUCGGGGACACUAGCAUUGAGCGCAACCGCCUCAUCCUACCGUGUUUUGGCUCCGGGCGCAUUUACGUGGUGGACACGGGCUCCGACCAGUAUGCUCCCAGCUUGUGCAAAAUCAUCGAACCCCGUGAAGUCAUCAGGAAAACCAACCUGAGUUUCUUGCACUCCUCGCGUUGCUUGAGCAGUGGGGAAAUUAUGAUCUGCGCCCUUGGAGAUGCAUUCGGCAAUGCAAGAGGUGGACUUCUCCUUCUGGACCCGGAAACCUGGGAAGUGAAAGGGACCUGGGAGUGUCCAGAAGACGGACCUGUCCAGAUGUGCGACUUCUGGUACCAGCCACGGCACAACGUCCUAAUCAGCACCGAAUGGGGGGUGCCCAAGUUCUUUAUCGAUGGAUUCAACCCAGAAAAUCUGAGAAAAGAUAUCUAUGGCCGCAACCUCCACGUCUGGGACUGGACUACCCACCGCCUCCUCCAGACGAUCGACUUGGGUGAAGAUUCAGACCCGACGGAGAUCCGCUUCUUGCACGACCCCAACUCGGCCCAUGGUUUUGUGGCCUGCUUUCUGGAGAGUUCCAUCCACCAUUUCUUUAAGACAGAGGACGGAUGCUGGACGGCUGAGAAAGUGAUCCAAAUCCCGAACAAGAAAGUAUCAGGAUGGAUCUACCCCGAAAUGCCAGGAUUCACUUUCUAUAUCGUCAUCUCUCUGGACGACCGGUUCCUCUACUUAAGCAACUGGGUGCAUGGCGAUGUCCGGCAAUACGAUAUCACCAACCCACACUGUCCCAAAUUAGUCGGGCAGGUGUUUGUGGGGGGAAGCCUUCAGAAAGGGGGUCCCGUAACUGUCCUCAAGGAUCCGGAGCUGGACCGUCAACCUGAUCCCGUUGUAAUCCAGGGCAAGACGAUCCAAGGAGGACCUCAUAUGCUGCAGCUAAGCUUGGAUGGCAAACGUCUUUAUGUUACCAACUCUCUUUACACGCCUUGGGACAAGCAAUUUUACCCCGAGCUGGUCAGGGAAGGUUCGGUCAUGCUCCAGCUGGACGUGGACACCGUGAAGGGCGGCCUUUCCACAAACAAGAGCUUUUUGGUAGAUUUGGGGCAGGAGCCGGACGGUCCAGCUUGGGCGCACGGCAUGUGCUACCCGGGUGGGGACUGCACCACCGAUAUCUGGGAGUAAUGUGUCAUAUUGGCGGGGAAAACACUCUACAAAUUGGGCUCUAUCCAAUAUUUCUUUGUUCAGUGCUUGCUAUCUCGAUCCCUUGGAAGUCAUGCCAUAAUGGUCAACACAGGACAUACCACGAGUAGCACAUAAACCCAUAAUUUUCUGGAUGUCCUUGGGUCUGUUCUCUGCCUGUUUCCUCCAUUCUUCAGCUCAGACACAAUGUCUCCAUGGCAAUGCUCUGGCAUAGGUGGGUAGGCUCUCUUUCUGGCUCUUUCCUUCCUUUCUUUCUCUUCUUUUUCUCUUUCUUACCUUCCUUGGUGCGCAAGGGCUUUUAUAAGGUGAUCCUGUUAACAAAUAAACUAUUUGAAAGAUA